CGGGGACAUGCAGAGAGCAGGUCGCACCAGAUCACGGACGCCGGCUUCAUGGCGACUGGCCUCACGCCACAUGGACUGCGCCGACGACUUGCGCCGUCUCGGCGAAGCCAAGCAGCGUCGAACGACCUCUGGCUCGUCUCGCCCUGCGACGCCUGCUCGGGAAUGAGCAGCACUGUCUGCAUUCGGUCCUCGCCGAGCGUAUCGUACACCAACCUCGCGCUCGGGGCGUACUCGUGCAACAACAGCUCGUGCAGCCAAUGCAUCGACCGGUUCAAAAACGACGAAGGGACGACGUGGACCUUCAACACGGCCAUGUGGCCGCCGGGCGCGCCGCUUCGCGUCAACUUUAGCGCCACCGAGAACAGCAGCACGGGGCCGACCACCAUCAUCUUUUCCGGAGCAGCAAGUGCGGCGAGCUCGACGCGCGUCCCUGCGCUUGACGUGAGCGGUCUAGCCCGUCUCUCCACCUUGUACUUGCAGUCGCUCAAUGUGACGCCGCUCAUGACGCAGACGCGCUCGUUUGGGCUGCCACAAAACUUGACUACGCUAUCACUCACCGACUGCGCGAUGGGCAAUUUCACUUUGCCGUCAUCGCUGUCGACCCUCCAAACACUAACCAUUCGAUCGAGCAUGGCCGUUGACGUCAACCUCUCUUGGCUCAACGUCUCGGGGUUUCGCUCGUCGCUGCAAACACUUACAGUCGAGAACGUGACACUUCUCGACGCGGCGACCUUGAGCAAGAGCAUUCGACACUUUCACUUGACGUCGCUGAGCUUCCGGCACACGAACUUCGAGCUGACGCCCGUCUCGAUCAAGACGUUCUUGUCGCUCCGAGCGAUACCGUCGCUCGCCUUGGACGACUUGACGCUGCCGUGCCCCUACUAUGCCCACAAGCUCUGUCUGCACGAUACGAGCAUUUGCGUCUACCGCCCGAGGCCCCGAACACCAGUCGAUGACAACAUGUCGAAUGAAGUCAGCGCGUGGAUCAUCUUGAUCUCGAUGACGCUGACGACGCUGUAUGGCCUCGUCAUGCGCUACCGCAGCAAGCGGACGCCGACCAAAGCCCCCAAGACGCGCAACGACGUUGCAAUCGACAGCCUCCUCGACACGUCGUCGCAGCAGCCGUCGUCGCACCGACACGUCCGGCUCUUGACGCAGCCGCCGCCGUCGCGUUCUUUGUACUCGGGCGACGGCACCGUCGAAAGCGUCCUCCGGCAGGCACCUUCGCUAGCCCUUCUCGACGCAAGCGACAUCCUCGAAACGUUGAUUUUGUACCACCAAGGACCCCACAUUUAUGUCGCCCAAGGCGUGUACGUCCCCGACGAUGGCCGCAUCCAGCUCAAGCAAAUCUCGGGGUACGAGUCGUACCUCGUGAGCAUGGCGCGGACCAUCGUCGACCUCGCCAAGCUGUCGCACCCGCACGUUGCGCAGCUUCGGGGCAUCGUUGUCGUGUCGCCGUCGUCGCUCGCUGUCGUGAUCGACGACUGCUCCGACAACGGCCCGCUCCUGUACGCGCGGUCGUCGUCCGCGGCGGGGAAGGCCAAGAUGGCACUCGACCUCGCGUGCGCCCUGGCGUACUUGCACAGCGCUCAUAUUGUGCACGGGCAUCUCACGGCCGACACGGUGCUCGUGGAUAGCAUUGGGGAUGUCUACCUCAACCCGCUCGAUGUGCUCGCAAGCCACGUGUAUGCAGCGCACUCGACGGACGCGCUGUACGUGGCGCCCGAGGUGCUCCUCGAGUCCAAGGCGACGCCGACGAGCGACGACGACGAAGUGACUGCGCGCCGCGUGCGCUUUGCGUCGCCGGCCGCCGACGUCUACGCGUUCGGCGUGCUCUUGGCCGAGAUCGACGUGGGCGAGAGCGCGAAGACGUACUUGACGCGCAAGUGCCUCUCGUUCCAGGACAAGGCGAUGCCAGUCGCGCAGCUCGUUGGGCUGCGGCACGCGCUCACGUUUUACCGCGGGCAAUUCCAGCAAGUGAUCGCGCUCUGCCUCCACGAAGACCCGUCGAGUCGACCGACCAUGGCCGAUGUUGUCGAGUACCUUGUAGACCCGAGCCCGACGCUACUGGGAGAAUCGCCACCGCUGCUGUCGGCGUCAUGACAGCCAUCAGAUAAGGCCCAAGCAGCGACUGUACUCUAGUGUUCUUGCG